CACCAUUUUCAGAGCUGAAAUCUGACACUAAUAAGCUGAUGAUAAUGAGUUCCAACUUCCAUGGACUUAUUCAACCAGGGUUCUUAUCACUCAGUAAGCUCAUGGCGAUAUCUGCAACUGAGAAUUCGCCUCAGUGUCAUUUUUUUUCCAAUUUUCUAUCAUCUAAUCUGCCCUGCAAUCAAUGGACUCCGAAUUAGGGCUUGCAAUUAUUGUCUAUCUUUUAUAUUAUCAAAUCAGAAUAUCAUUUGUUUUUUUCGAAUUUUUUGUUUGGUUACUUAGACUGCCCUGUUCGUCUGAGUUUUACUUCGGUGAAUUAGUCCAUCAUGUUGAAUACUAAGUUUAGCUUUAUCUGUUCUAUGUUCUAUAAUCAUUUAUCUUUUAUCUGCUCAAGGGAUUUGUUGCUUUGGCGAUGGUGGUUAUUACUGUGUGUGUUUUACCCAUCAAAAAUUGGAAAGAAAACACAUCUAGUAAUUUUUCAGAUUAAUUUUGUGUUUGGGAUUGCUUUUCCAUGGUACAGCACCUCAUUAAAAGUGUUGAUUUAUUAUGAUGAAAUUAAUUUUAAUUGAUAUUUUGUGUAAUUUAGUAGUCAUAAGCAAUUAUCAAGCAAUAACACAAUUUUUCUCAUAAUAGAACACUUGAAAAGCCACAGUCACAGCACUCCUUUGUAUGUUAAACUUUAUUUCUGAUUAAUAUAGGAGGAGAGUAUGGUAUGACACAUGGAAUUCUGGAUCCCAGCCUUUCUUUUAAUGUUUAUCAAAUUUAAUUGUUAAUAUUUCUGAACCUGUUUAUGUUUUUAGCUAUGUGACAUUAAUUAAAUGGUCUUCCAGUGUUCACAUUGUAUUACACGUUAAGGAUAGACUCUGAAAAAUGUAGUUGUGUUUUGUUGUAGACUAAUCACUCAGUUAUGCUUCACUCUCUCUAUUUUUUUUGAUGUUCAUAUUAUUAAAUUUUUUAUUUUUUGUGUUCAAUAUAUGCAUUUCUAAAGCUUUAUAGGGUCCUUAAAAAGGAUGACGUGUGUUUUAGUUUCUGCAUUAAAGACUUGUCAUCCUAAAAAAUUUGCAAUAAGAUUUUUAACACUCGCUGGUUGUUCUAAUAAUUCAUAGAGAUACCUACCUAAUGUGGAUUAUAGUUUGUAUCGAAAGGGAAUUGGCAUGCUUGGAUUAUGCCAAAUUCUCUCAGAUCUACUCAAAAUACAUGGAGCACCAGACACGAGUUUAAUGGGGUAAGUGUGGCGUGACACUGCAUGCUAACCUAAAGGGUUUUAAUGACAAGUGUCAUGAAUGAUUUUUUUUUUUUCCCAUUAUAUAAGAUGAAAAAAGGUUGCAAGUUUUAGUUCGGAGUCUAUCAGUUCCUAGGUUGAUAAGAAGAGGGAGAAUGGAAAACAGGGUGAAAGGUGACAGUGGUGACUGCCGUCGGCGACCAAGAAAAACGAUCUCGUCAGUAUUAGGUAUGGUU